AUGCUUUUGGUUAUCUCUUUGGUGCUGGUUUUUAUGAUUGUUACAUCAAUAUUGGAACCUGAUGUAGCCAAGGAUAGCGGUCUAUACAAUCAAAUGUUGAAUGGUCAUCAUUACUUUAUACUUAGCUUUUGGUCAGACGAAGAUCAUGGUGUAUUGAUCUUUGUUUGUUUACGGGCAAUGGACUUGGUCGAGGAUGAUCAGUCUCUAGAGUCGUUUAUGAAUCUAGUGACUGAAUUUUGUGCUCAAGUAGGUGGAGGGCAAAAUGCAACACGUAGGAAAUUCAGUUAUUGUCUGUUGAUCGUGUUGUUUCAUGCUGGAGUCCUUUGGAGCGCUAUACCCAACUGUUAUGAUGAUAUUGGGUUUACUGGUGGUACAAAACAUUCGAUGAUUCUCGUCUAUACAAUAAAGGUGAUGCAAACAUUCGAUGGUGCAGCCAAGCUUGCUAGAUUAUCGUCUAUACAAUAA